AACCUCAGCAUAUUAUGGAUGCAUGAAAAUUAUACGAAAGAGAGAAAGUGCAAAUUUAAGGAGGAAAUUCCAGCUGGUUGCUUCAGAUGUUUUGUGUCUGUUUUUGAUCUUCUCCUUCAUUACCAAUCUCCGAUGAUUACUCCCUCUCGGUAAAAUCCAAAGGAAAAACCAAAAACAACAGCAACACUUUUUCAUCUAUUUUCAAUUUCCUUCUCUGUUUUGCAUACUCUUCAGAUUGGCAUUUUGCUUCUGAUUUUUGGGUCGUACCUUCAUACCCUUUUCUCCAUUCUGGAAUAGGGGAUUAAUAGCUUGUGUUGGAAAUGGUUGUCAUUAAGUAAUGUCUGGCAUUUGAAUGCAGGAGUAAGGUUCUUCCUAUCUUGGAGCAUCUGAGAUUAAGGUGCAAUUCAAGGAGUUUUUAUCUGUUUUGAUAGAUGGGGGUGAAUUGACUUUGAGCUUCUCAGAGCCUCCAUCCUGCACGAAAUCUCAUGAAGUGGAGCUGCUCUGAGAUACACAUAUUGAAGCAAGAUGAUUGAGCAAUUCAUCAAUUUCAUUAUUCGGCCUCCCAGGGCUGAAUAUGAUCCAGAUCAGUACCUAUGGGAAAAGGAAUUCUCCCUUGCAGGAAGAACAUACCAAAGGCAGGAUUUGGAGCUCAAGAAUUCCAGAGGCUAUGCAUUGAAGUGUAGUCAUUAUCUACCUUCACGUUUGCCUGAAGAUAUUUCUCUUCCUUGUGUUAUAUAUUGCCACGGAAAUAGUGGAUGUAGGGCAGAUGCCAAUGAAGCUGCUGUUAUUCUUCUUCCAUCAAAUAUUACUGUCUUUACUCUUGACUUUUCGGGGUCAGGCUUGUCUGAUGGAGACCAUGUUAGCCUUGGUUGGCAUGAAAAAGAUGAUCUCAAGAUGGUGGUGUCACAUUUAAGAAGCAACAAACAAGUAUCUCGUAUAGGACUUUGGGGACGAUCAAUGGGUGCUGUUACAAGCCUUCUUUAUGGAGCUGAAGACCCUUCUAUUGCUGGAAUGGUGUUGGAUAGUGCCUUUUCAAACUUAUAUGAUCUGAUGAUGGAGCUUGCUGAUGUCUAUAAAAUUCGACUUCCAAAGUUCACUGUACACUGUCUCUCUUUCCUUCACUCCCUCUCUGUGUGUGCAUAUGUUAAAAUGGCUGUACAAUACAUGCGGCGGGUUAUUGAGAAGAAGGCGAAGUUUGAUAUCAUGGACCUGAACUGUUUGCUGGUUGCACCGAAGACAUUCAUUCCUGUUUUAUUUGGACAUGGUAAUGAUGACCAAUUCAUUCAGCCUCACCACUCUGAUCUCAUCUCUGAAUCAUAUGCGGGAGAUAAAAAUAUCAUAAAAUUUGAUGGUGAUCACAACUCCUCUCGACCACAGUUCUUUUAUGAUUCAAUUUCCAUUUUCUUCUACAAUGUGCUCCGCCCUCCUCACAUUCCUAGAGUUCGUAAGCUUGAGAAAUAUUUUGAUUUAGGGGAUUUGAAGAUUGGUUCUACUGUGAAUGAGAGCCUAUUAUAUGGGAUACUCUCUAGUCUACAGUCUGCAACUACUGAUGCUGCAAGUUCAUCUUCUGCUCCUCCUAGCACUUCAAAUUCAAUCAAAGCAUCAGUUAGUGAACUUAUUUCAAAAGUUGCUCCAGUAACCGCCGCUGAGUCCAUGAUUAGAGAGGAACCAAAGCAUGGCAAUGAUGAACAUGGCCAUGAUGAGCCUGCAGAUAUGAAGGAUGAGAAAAAUGGCCUGACUGAAGAUUACUUCUCAUACUGUAGCUCAACUAGAGGAAACUGGGGCAGAUGUUCUUCUUUAGUACUCAGCGAUGAAGAAUCUUAUCCAGAUUUCAGGGAUGAUGAUAAUGAUUCUGAGGUAUUUGCAACACCCCUGGGAAGUAUGAGAGAAAUGUCUCCAGACCCAAAAGAAGAGGGAAAGGAUCAGAAGAAGAAGAAGAAAGCUGAAAGAUCCUCAAAGAAGCUCAAGUCUGAGAGAUUUGAAAAGUGGGAGUCCCUCAGUCGACGGCUGCGACUUUGCAUUUUAAAGGGAUCUGCCCAUAGGAGAUCAAAGCCCUCUUGACGUGUCUUGACUGCUACAUGUGUAAACAUAGUUCAUCUAACUAUUUGCUUUCAUAACAUUAAUGUAAGACACUGCUAUUUUUAGGCAGUCCAUGAAACUCAACUUGGUUGUAGGUUGACUAGUUGAUUGACUUGAUUCUCUUUUGGGAAAUAUUCAACAUGUAUUUAUGUACAAAAUAUGGGUUUCUCUUUCUAGCUCCUCUUUCACUUGUUUAUUGUUGCAGGAAUAUGAUUCAUUUGUCAUUCUCA